UCUUCACACAACACACAUAAAUACAUUGAAAACAAAGUAGUAAUAAUCAUCAUGGCUAAGUUUGCUUCCAUCAUCACCCUUAUCUUCGCAGCUCUUGUUCUCUUUGCUGCUUUUGAAGCACCAACAAUGGUGGAAGCACAAAAGUUGUGCGAGAAGCCAAGUGGUACAUGGUCAGGAGUUUGCGGAAACAGCAAUGCAUGCAAGAAUCAGUGCAUUAACCUUGAGGGGGCAAAACAUGGAUCUUGCAACUAUGUCUUCCCAGCUCACAAGUGUAUCUGUUACGUCCCAUGUUAAUCUACGUACCAAUAAUCUUUGGUGUCGUGUCGUGUGUAUUUUACAUAAAAUAAGUCUGUGUCACUUUAUGAGUGAGACUCUAUGACAUUGCAUGUUUCAGUUUUAAUGUAUGGUUUGACUUUUCUAUAAUACAAAAUUUAAGUACGA